AUGCAUGCUAACACAUCUUUAAGAGUAGACUCUGAUGUCCUAGAGUUCUGCACAUCAUUGCAACAUUCUGAGGCCUCUUCCAUCUAUGAGGUUAUGCUGAACAAUGAUCGCUACUGUCUGAAAGUGUAUCACGAUAAUGGUGAUCCUGGCUAUGCUCAAGAUGGUCGUGAUUUGAAUCGAUUGCGCUGCGAAUUGAACGCUUAUAGGAAUUUGCAAGCUGGUGGAGUUUACGUUGACCAGCUCGACCCGGCGCUUUAUCAGCCCCAUUUAGAUCGCUUCGCAAACGACAUCAAUAAGCCAGGAGCUAUCUUGCUCGAAUUUUUGCCAAAAACGGAAAGUCUGAAUUGUGUCAACUACUCCAAUGACUGCUUUAAGGUUGCGAUGCAGGGGCUGAAGGAAGUCCAUCAAGCCAAGGUGCUCCAUAACGAUCCCUAUCCUAAGAAUAUUCUCAUUGUACAUGGGGAUCCUGAGCGGAUAGUUUGGGUUGAUUUUGAUGUUUCUAUGUCCUACUCGGAUUCUCAACUACAAGAUAGCCGGGUGCGGAUAUGGUUCGAAGACGAGAUCGAGUGGGCAGCAAGCUUUGGAAAUAUUUUGAGGAAGGAUCAAGAGAGAGGCGAACCUCCCAAUCUUGAAUAUUAUUAA